GCUUGUAGCGGUGAGACGUCCGGAAUUUUGCGCCUUCCAUCGAUCGAUCGAUCUCUCGCUGCGAUUGAGUUGCUUCUCAUCGAUCCAUCCACGGUGUAAUCCUCUCCUCUCUUGUUUCUUCUUUCUUGCCCUCGCGCGACGCCAUCGAUCGAUUUCUUUCUUGGAUAACUUGCUCGAUCGAUCGAUACCGGCAUUUCGAUCGGCGCUGUGAAACGCAAGGGCGCGGCGGCAGCGCGGGCAAGAAGAUUUCCAGUUCAUGACUGUCCAGAUCGGUGGGAGCUCGUGCAAGGGGAUCAUCGCUGGAAGCUAUGCGCUGGAUUUGAUGGGAGAGCGCGACGCAUCCAGCAGCAAGCCAGCGAUUAUGGAGGAAAAUCUUUCUGUGGAUCUUGAGGAGGAGGAGGAGGAGGAUCAUCGGCGACUGCAAUGGAAGCGGCCUCGAAUCGAAUACCAGGACGCGGCGGGGGCGGCCGGGGCAGCAAUGAGCGACGAGACGGAGAGCUCGCAGCGCAAGGGCGGCGAGAGCGCCAGCUCCAAGCUCAGUCUUUGCCCGAGAGGGCACUGGCGGCCGAGCGAAGACGAGAAAUUGCGCGAGUUGGUAGCGCUCCAUGGUCCACAGAACUGGAAUCUCAUAGCGGAGAAGCUCGAGGGACGAUCAGGGAAGAGCUGCAGGCUAAGAUGGUUCAAUCAGCUCGAUCCGCGAAUCAAUCGCCAGCCUUUCAGCGAGGAGGAGGAAGAGCGCCUCCUCGCGGCCCACACAUUCCAUGGGAACAAGUGGGCUCUCAUCGCGCGGCUCUUCCCGGGAAGAACAGACAACGCCGUGAAGAACCACUGGCAUGUCAUCAUGGCCAGGAAGUUCCGCGAGCGCUCCAAGCUCUACGGGCGAAGAUCCAAAGCCCACUCGACUGUUACUACAAUCAAUGGCGCUGGCGCUGGCGCGGCUAGUACGCUUGCCACUACGCCAAGGCGUAGCGCUACGAGUAGCUUUUCAAGCCAGCGCCAAAGACUUAUUGCUAGUGGAGAAGCGUCGACGUCGAGCUCGUCGGGUGCUACGUUACCAUCUUGGCUAGAAAAGUACUGUGCCACUGUCACUGCUGCUCCUACUAGCACCAUCACCACGCGCGCGACGGGGUUUCAAGUCCCACAGUGUCAUCCAGGAUCAUCACGAGUAGUUCCUCUCGCAAAUCCCGAGCUUCUUAAGGCGAGAGCAGGCGGCGGCAUUGGAUGCGAGGGCGCGAGCUUCUUCCCGACGUACCCGAGCUUGAUCAAAGAAGACAUUGCCAACGCUUACAACCUCGAGCUAUCCAGAUGCUCGCAGCAGAGGAGUGGUCCAGUGAUCUUCGGCCAAAGAAGGGUCGGCUACUCGAGCUUUGCUGGUUCUGGUUCGACUGCUAAUGAAGCAGCUAUAACUCGGCGAUCCGAAACAGGCGACGGCCACGGGAAGUGGCCGUGGAUGGCUCGUCCGGAGGGCUACUCGGGCUCCUUUGGGCGAUCAGAGGGGCAAGCAAGCCAAAGCUGGGCGUCGGCAUCGUCGACGUCGAGGGACCCGGAGUCGAGUGCGAUGAUAAGUCGUUCUCCCAACAACCAAACGCAGCCAGCUGACCAGCACAGACAACAGACGGUUCCUUUCAUAGACUUCUUGGGGGUGGGAGCUGCUUGAUCGAGAUUUCAAAAGGCCACACUUCGCGAGAAGCAACUCUUCCUUCAUGAGCAAAGAGAGAAAGGCACACGACUUCCCAGGUGGGGCUCGGAAGUCGGGGAAUUUUGGAGGAAAUGGUCAAGGGAGAGAAAACUAUAUUCUCGCGUUCCGAGAAGAACAUGUGUAAAGCGGCUGGCUGGCCGACAGAUAUAUAUCUUUCGAAGGUGAAUUUGGAGCUCUCAGACUCAAAAGAGUUAUAACUAAUCUGGUGAGUGUGUCUGUGUGGACACGCUCGCGCAGGGGUCCGAGGGGAUUGAUUGAAAGCUACGAGACGCCAGCGUUCGCACGGUCAGUCAAAUCAAGUGGGGGAGGCCAAGGAGAUGUGCCGCGGGGCGGCGAGGCGAAGAGAUUUGAUCGCUAAGAAAUCCAGCUCGAACGCGCAAAUCUCGUAAAGUACUACAACACUUCUUUCUCGGCUAAAGUUUGCGUGGUGUCAGUUCUCAGUGAUCACGAAUGAUCGCGAAUGAUCGUCGCUCUCAGGGAGGACCCAUGAUUAAAGCAUUGAAAACUCGAGAUAUUUUUUAAAAUCACAGAAAAGAUGGUAGAAUACGUUAGUUCGUGGGGUGCACUACGUGGUGUUACAGCACAGAGGACUUGAAAAGUAUAUGGAACUGGCGAGGAUUUUGAUUGAGAUGAAUGUAUACAGUAUGAUAAUCUCUAUAUCCUCUAUUCAAGUGGUAUACAGUUAAGAAUUGUUGGUAUGUUUGACAGUAA